AUGAUGGCAAAACCUUGGAACGAGCACCGGGGGACUAUCACCAAGUUGUACAUCGAAGAAGGGAGGACACUCGAAGACACACGCAAUAUCAUGAGGGAUCAAUACAACUUUCAUGCAUCAAUCCGUUCCUAUCGGCAGCACUUUGACAUAUGGCAAAUUGGCAAGUACAACUGCAAAAAACGCGACAGCCGUCGUCAAUCCCUCAGCAAGAAUCUCCCACUCUCACCACCAUACUCUCCUUCAGACGUGGCAGGAGAUGGAGAGCGCAGCUCGCCAGCAUCGUCCUCUAGCUCGAUGAGCCGACGCUCCUCGGAACAGAAGCCACUGCCUGUUUUGAAGCAGCCUCAAGCGUACACGGCCUACUUCUAUGACCAUGUUCGAGCUCAGGACGACUCGCAGGUCAAAAUGGAGAGCAAUGGUCGGCAGCCGCUUUAUAAGAGCUUGGUAACCGACUCGUUCCGCAACUCGACUGUCGCUGAUGGAAUGUUGCCGUCGUGCGUUUUCCCCCCUCCAAGUCCUCCAAUUCAUUGUGUUAACUGGAGCUUGCAGAGCUGUACCUGUCCAGACUUAUCCUGA